AUGCACCCCUUUUCCAUCCUCACUCUCGGUAUCUUCGUAGCGGGCUACAUCACCGCGAGGUGGGAUCUUGUUACUCGCCUAUACGAAUUGGCUAUAUUCGCCUGGGAUCACGGCGUUGUGACACGGACCGCAAAGGGUUUCCUCCUCUUAUCAGUAUUCUUCUUUCUUCUCGUACUUCCUAUCAAUCACAUAGCUGCGACUGAGGGUGAAUUGCACCCUCGAUACGUGCACCUGGGCGUCUCCGCGCGCGAACAACUACGCCGUCGAGGCUCCUUUUGA